AUGUGUGGUCGAUAUGUUUUAGGCGUUCGUUUAGCCUACAUUCGCAACCGUCUCCAGCAGAAUGGAAUGCAAGUGGAUGAGGCGCCGGACGACGAGGAGAUAAGGGAGACCUACAACUUUGCUCCGGGUAAUUAUGGCGUGGUCUACCGUGCUGAUGCCGGCGACGAGCGACAUGAUGACGCCACUAAGGACGAAAACGCGCAGCAACAAGAGACCAAGGGGGACGAGCGGGCAGAUUAUAAAGAGCAUGAGGACAAGAGAAUCAAAUACAAGCUGCAGAAGAUGAGAUGGGGUCUGAUCCCGUUCUGGACCAAACGCCAGCCGGACUACGGAUCGAUGAUGAGGACAAUCAAUUGUCGCGAUGACUCACUGAUCGACAAUCGAGGCAUGUGGACGACGAUGAAGAAACGGAAGCGCUGCGUCGUCGUCUGCCAAGGUUUUUACGAAUGGCUGAAGAAGGGUCCCGGUGGGAAGGAGAAGAUUCCGCAUUUCGUCAAGCGGAAGGACGGCGAUCUGAUGUGCUUUGCGGGUCUGUGGGAUUGCGUCACAUAUGAAGGUUCUGACGAGAAGCUCUAUACCUACACCAUCAUCACCACGUCCUCAAAUUCAUACCUGAAAUUCCUCCAUGACAGGAUGCCCGUUAUCCUUGAACCGGGAAGCGAUGCAAUGAUGAAAUGGCUCGAUCCCCAGCGGACGACGUGGACCGAGGAGCUGCAGUCUAUCCUGAAGCCGUACGAGGGCGAGCUGGAGUGCUAUCCCGUCCCGAAAGAGGUGGGGAAAGUGGGAAACGACUCUCCAGACUUUAUACUCCCGAUCGACGGCAAGCAGAAGAAGGGGAGUAUCGCCAAUUUCUUCGCCAAUGUGGGGAAGAAGGGCGAACAGAAGGACAAGGAGGACGAGCUUCAAUCGAAGGGACUCCAUGCCAAAGCCGAUCUUCGAGAGACCAAAGACCACGAGUGGAGUGAAGACAAUGCUCCCAAACCGGUUCCCAAAGAGGAAGAAGUCGAUGAGCAGCUGAAAUCCCCACGAGGCAUCAAGCGGGAACGCUUGCCGGAAGAUGCGGCCGAAGUAGCAGCAGCCUCGAAAGCAGUCAAGACGGAGGAAACCUCCACCAGCCCUUUUUCGCCUAUUAAAGAGAAGAAAGAGGUACCAACGGGGUCUUCCCCAAUUAAAAGCGGACUAAAGUUGCCGAGCGGGAAAGCGAUGAAUGCUACCAAGAAGAAGGCCAGCAGCGAUGGUUCACAGCCGAUAACGAACUUUUUCAAAAAGUGA